AUGCACGCGUAUAUGACAUGCACGCAUACAUCACAUGCAUCGCAUGCAUCACUGCGCCAGUUGCCGGGGGAGGUGGUGGUUCUCAGCGCAGUGGUGGAUGGGGAGGAGGACGAGGUGGUCGUCUUCAGGGGUUUCUCCUCGUCACUGGUCCUGCCCACGCCCUCAGACCCCUCAGACCCGGUGCUGCCUGCCUCUGCUGCGAUCAGCUCAGUGGAUCGAGUGAGGGAUCCAUUUAACCCCGCUCACAUGGAGUACAUUCAGCAGGGCAUGCGCUGGGAGGAGUUUGAGCAGCUGCUGGAAGGCAUGCACCUCUGA